UUUUCUUAAAAUGGAUGCUCAAUUGAAAAAGAGGAGGCUUACUAAACUUUCUGUGUUUAAAAAACUCUUUAAGCCCAAAAACUGCAGGCGAUCUUCCAUCGGCAUCAAGAAGAGGCUUCGAAAGGCCCCAGGCCUGUACGUUAACUCUGAUGAUAAUCAAGAACCAGUUAAGAAAGUAACCAGGGGACCUAAGAGCUGGGUUAGUAGUAAGAAGGGGAGAAAUGAGGAACCAACAUCGCCUUAAUGUUUAUUAUAUGUUCAAAAAGCAUAAUAGAAGCAGAAUAUCCAAUGAUUCAUACGUGAAGUUUAACCUAAGCCAUUCUCAUGCUUCACGGAUGCAUUCGAAAUCGCUUUCAAAAGUAAAGCUAAACUUGAAGUUUGUGACAAGUGCUGAGAAUCUCCUUACUCCGGAUAGUCCAAAGCCCAAGAGGAGGAGGAAGCUAGGUAGCCAGAAAUGAUCCCAGAUUGUCUCCAGUGAGUUCAGUACACAUAACUUGUUGAAAACACGGAAUGAAAGUUAUGAGGAUUCUAAGGAUUUAAGCUCCCAUAUUCAUAAGCCAAUCCAGAGAAGGAAGAAGCAAAGAGGGACUCAUAAUAAUUAGAAGUGAAUUCCAAUCUCCCAGAUUCUUUGAGAAGAUCAUGGAUAAGCUAAAUGAGAACAUCCAUAAGAAUCCUAGGAAAAUCAAAUAAGUACAACAAGGAUGAGGCUAAUGGUUCGAAUAUAUUUGAGAAAAUUGUUGGUAAAUAUCAACCUCUAGUUAAGAAUCCCUAAAGAAAACUUAAUUCCAAGACCAAGGGAAUUACUCAAAGAGUCAUCAACAGAGGACGAUAUAUUCUACAGCUAUGACACUGAGUCCAAGUGUAAAUAAAUCAGUGCGGUUUGAUUUUUCUUCAAGUCCUAUAAACCAGCACACCCGGAAGACCCCAUCUCCUCCCAAAAAGAUCCCUAAAUCUGCCCUAAAAUACAUCCAGAUGCCUAAAAAGUCGGCUUUUCCUAAAAAUCGCAAAAAUCGUUA